AACGGGGUUUUAGCUGCAUCCUAGCCCUGCUUCAUAAUUAGAAUGCAGUGGAUCACUGCCACUGUGUUACAGGUUAGGACCGGCUCCAGAGAGCGACGCACAGGUUAGGACCGGCUCCAGAGAGCGACGCACAGGUUAGGACCGGCUCCAGAGAGCGACGCACAGGUUAGGACCGGCUCCAGAGAGCGACGCGCACACAGACCAUGCAGAGUUAGUUAGGGUGAGGUUUAGACACCGAGUGAUGUGGCUUGUGUUGAAAUGCAAUAAUUUGAAUAACAAUCUGGGAUUCCUGUGUUCAAUGGUACUUAAUGAGAAUACGGUAUUUAUUUGCUCUAGGAGAGGGUUGGGCGCCGACCGUGCCGCUCUGCCAUCAUUUUAUCAUGAUGAAUCACUCUCAUUAGCAGGUCCUGACUCACCUUUUAUUUCAAUUAGCUCCAGAGCCACUGUGGUGUUUGGUAGUGUCAUGUAAUAAAGCAGCAGUGAGCUAUAAGUGCUGCUACUGCAUCUCCUUUCAGAUCGGGGUCUGUUACCACUAGACUGAGGUUUCAGUCGGUGAGCUGUGGCUGCACACUAACCUAGUCUCUGUCAAGGGCAUUCCUACUGCCCCUCAAACCCUCAGCGAGCGGCCUGUGAGGUAUUUAAUACAGCAAGGCGGGCUUAUGAGGACACAUACAGAGUGGAGAUUCCGCUCUCUUUCUCCUGCAGGACUUUCUCUCCGUCAUAGUGCGGUGUCUCUACAAAGGGGGCUUGUUUUGCAUGGCGGCAUGCGUUCACCUAUCUAUGCCUGUACAUUUAGGCCUAGGUCUCUGGUUUAAAAUAGAAGCAGGGCCGCGAUCGCAGAGAGAAGCUGUUUGUGGGUGCAGAGGACUGAGCUGAGGACUGUGGUUGGCACAACUGCACAAGGCUGCUUGUUUAUGUCAGAGGCUCCGCCUGUGGGAGAGAAAGGGGAGGGGAGUUUACUAACCUCACGAGGGUCGCAAUUCCUCAUGAGCCAUUCCACCAUUUCGCUGGCAGUUGUGAAAACAAUUCCCCAUCUAGCAUGGGCAGCAGAGCAGAGUGGGCAGGGAGAGGGAGUGUGAAUCAGCUAACUUGCAGGGGGUGGUGGGAUAUUUGGGGUUAGAGUACCUGUGUGCUGGCCUGGGAUCAGGGGUUAUGAGUAGUUGCUAGACAGCCCUGCCUGGUGUUACGAACACGAUUCAGAUUGUUUCUGUGACCACAUAGAGAAACUAAACUGCACUACCAUAGCUCAGGAGUGUAACUGAAGACAUGGCACAGACUUGGGGCCAGACUGAGUCAAUCAAACCUGCCGGUGUCCAGUAUCUGUUUAAACAACAACACUGCCUAUAUGCUAGUGAUGGAGGAAAAAAUCAGUACAGUUACAAUAUUGUCCAAAAAUAAGAUUGGGAUUUAUCAAUAUUUUACUGUAAAAAAAUUAAACUAUGAAUAUAUUCACACGUACGUGUAUGUUUUCCUUCUCCUUUAGUUAGCACUAGUGGACUGGACUUGCUCCAGAAGUUCUGUGUUUUUCAACCCAAAGCUUGUUCUCCAUUUCUUUCCUAAUAGUGAGCCAACAUGUCUUCAGCACUUAUUGAUAAACUCGUUUUGUCAUGCUCUCCCUCUGCUGCAGACAUAUGGUGAGCUGUAUGUGUGGAACAUCAAAUCACAAUAAAAUAGAAGUAUCGAAUCGAAAUACAUAUAUAGAAUCGUGAGAAUCUCUCUUAACCGCAGGUAGCCUAGUGGUUAAGAGCGUUGGGACAAUAACCGAAAGGUUGCUGGGUCGAAUCCCCGUGCCAACUAAGUGAAAAAUAGGUCUGCGCUGUUGAGCAAGGCACUUAAUCCUAAUUGCUCCCGUAAGAGCGUCUGCUAAAUGACUAAAAUGGCAAUGUAAAUAUUGUAUUUGCACUUAGUGUCAUUAUUAUUUUAUUGCCAGGUCCCUGGCAUUUCCCAACCCUUCUAUAUUCACAUGAAAAAUGGGAAGCAUCCACAUGUUAAGGGAGCCCUGGUAUUUUGAAAGUACCAAAAACCAGUCUGCAGUGUACAGUUUCACUACAGGAAAUAUGGAACUAAUUUGAUACUGAAUGCUUAGCUAGCUGCCAGACAUGUUUGUGUAAUUAGUUAUGCUCAACCAACCUCAUUGUUAGUGUAAUUUCCAAAUGUGAGUAGCUGGACUAAAAACUCUGCUUCUUCUUCAUCUUCUAGGUUUCACUCAGAGACAGCUAGAUCGCUGAAGCCCUGAGCUGGGGGAGCCCUGUCCUCAGCCUCCACUCAACUCACCUGGCUUGCAUUUUACCCAUCAACCCCCUUCUACCACGCAGACUCGCUGCAGCCCAGCCUGUCGUCACUAUGACGUCGGAGCUGGAGAGUAGUCUGACCUCCAUGGAUUGGCUGCCUCAGCUGACCAUGCGGGCAGCCAUCCAGAAGGCUGAUGCCCAGGGGCACCACGGGGGGCCGGGCAUGGGCAAGAAGAGUGCAAUGCUGGACCCCAACACCACUCUGGACCAGGAGGAGGUCCAGCAGCACAAAGACGGCAAGCCGCCCUACAGCUACGCCAGCCUCAUCACCUUCGCCAUCAACAGCUCGCCUAAGAAGAAGAUGACCCUGAGUGAGAUCUACCAGUGGAUCUGUGACAACUUCCCCUACUACCGGGAGGCAGGCAGCGGCUGGAAGAACUCAAUACGGCACAAUCUGUCAUUGAACAAGUGUUUUCUCAAAGUGCCUCGCUCCAAAGAUGACCCAGGAAAGGGCUCCUACUGGGCCAUCGACACCAACCCAAAGGAGGACGCCCUGCCCACACGGCCAAAGAAGAGGCCGCGGUCCGGAGAGCGGGCUUCCACACCGUACACCCUGGAGUCGGAGACUUUGGGAAUGGACUGUAUGAUCUCUGGAAGUGCCUCUCCAACUCUGGCAAUCAACACUGUGACUAACAAGGUGGCAUUAUACAACCCAGACCAGGAUGGGAGUGACAGCCCAAGAAGCAGCCUUAACAACAGCCUGUCUGACCAGAGUCUGGCCUCCGUCAAUUUAAACAGUGUGGGCAGCAGCGUGCACAGCUACACACCGGUGACUAACCACCCAGAGCCGGUGUCUCAGUCGAUGAGCCUCCAGCAGCCCCUCCAGCCCCAGUACAACAUGCCAGAGAGGGACAAGCAGCUCCUCUUCUCCGACUUUGAAGAUCUCAGUGCCUCCUUCCGCAGCCUUUACAAGUCUGUCUUUGGGCAGUCCUUCAGCCAACAGGGUUUGAUGGGCAUGCCAACGGAAUCGUCCCAACAGACCCACACCUCCUGCUCCUAUCAGCACUCACCCAGUGGCACCAUUAGCACCCAGAACAGCCUGACAAACAACCACUCCAGCAGCGGUGGCCAGGUGCCUCUGUCCCACCCUCCCCAGCUCCCUGGCCAGAACGCCCACCCGGGCCAUGGCUCGCCCCACACACAGCACAUCUCCCAGCACGGCCCACACAACCAACAUGGCCAGCACAACCAACACACCCAGCACCAACACCCACAGCACCCCCAUCACCCUGCACACUCCCAGCAUGGUCCGCACCCAUCACAGCACACGCCGCACCCCUCCCAACACACACAGCACACCCAGCACCCUUCCCAACACUCACAGCAGCACGGCCAGCACCCCUCCCAGCAGCAGCAUCAGACUCUGGCUCACCAGCCCCAUCCUGCCCAGCAACAGAUGGCCUGCAACACGGGUCUGCCCUCUGACUGGUACCCAAAUCUGGACGCACUGAAAGAGAGCUGCCGUAUUGCCAGCAGUUAUAACUGGGCUGAUGUCGACCUCUCACCUUUUCAAGGACUGAAGGAGAGCAUGAGACUAGCAGAGCAGAACAACUGGGCCCUGGAGCCCACACAGAUCGCAGAUCUCUGCUCAUCUAUCAACCAGUUCUUCGCCCGCACCGGUGUCAUUCAGCCACAGGGGGCAGUGCAGUCCGUACCCGUAUGCCAUGGCUCCAUGCACCCCAACAAGCCCAGCCAGCACAUGGCCACAGGAAAUCUCUACAUGGACUCAAGACAGAGCAUGUCUAUGAUGGGCCCCCCAGGAUACCCCCACAUGCCCCCAAUGAGCAGCGCAGGUCCCACAAUGACAGGACACCAUGCGCAGAUGAACCAGCAGCACAUGAUCUCUCCCAGAAACUUCCAGAUGCACCGCAUGCCAGCUGAUGACAUCCAGGAUGACUUUGACUGGGACUCCAUUGUCUAAUGUUAGAUGUUCUGCCCCUAACAAGGAACGGUCAGGUGGUGCAGAGCAGGUGGAAGUAGGAGGAAGAAGCCAGGCUGAGCUGUACGCUCUAGCGAGGAGACUGACUUGCUGGUGGGAUACAGAACAGAAGAGCAGGUGUUUUGGGAGGAUAGAGGGAGAGACUUCAGAGUGCUGCCAUUUUUACAAACAAAAUGAAACAUACAAAAUAAAUGUUACUUUGAAGACAAUCAUAUUUACUAGGACAUGUUUAAUCCUCCAGCCCUCGUUCCUCAGCCAGUCCUCGUUCCUCAGCCAGCCCUCGUUCCUCAGCCAGCCCUCUCCCAUCCCCCUCCCAGCCAGCAGCUUUCCAAAGUUCCCCCAGCUCCCUCCGUAACUGUUGUGUGAUUUGAGCGACUUGUUCCGCUUGUUAUCCUUCUCGUGUUGACUUUAGGCCUCGGCUGCCUCUUGGAUGAGUUUCUCUCUUCAUUCGUUUUUAUUAUUUUAUGGAAAACACAGGCCGCCUGUGGUGCUUGUUGGUUUGCUUUGGAUGGAACCCCAUUAGUGGGUGUAUUGGUAGGAAGGUUAGGAUCCCCAAUAGUGGGUGUAUUGGUAGGAAGGUUAGGAUCCCCAAUAGUGGGUGUAUUGGUAGGAAGGUUAGGAUCCCCAAUAGUGGGUGUAUUGGUAGGAAGGUUAGGAUCCCCAAUAGUGGGUGUAUUGGUAGGAAGGUUAGGAUCCCCAAUAGUGGGUGUAUUGGUAGGAAGGUUUACAAUAACUGAGGUUAUGUUUUGAACAGGGUGUUUUGCAUUGAACUAGGCUUCACAUAAAGAACACAAAUGCUUUAUCAUAGAGCGCUGUCCUUUAACCAACACAUCUGGCCCAUUUUUUAUUUUUUUUUAAAGCUAAUUGUGUACAUUCAGAAACAUUACCGGCAGUAUUUGUUGUGGUUUUGUGUCUAUUCUGUUAACAAUGUCAUACCUUUAUCUCCAAUACUCCAAGACUGAAACUGGUAGAUGAAUUCCAGACCUCAUCACCCCCCCCCCCCCUGUCUGGCUUUUUUUUCCUUUGUCAAAAUAAUACUUAGACUUAAAGUAGUCUCAUUCUCAAUCACUACAUUCUUCCACUGGUCCCGCAAUCAAUGAGAUUGAUUAUAAUUUCCCUGUACUAGUGUAUUAAGGAAAUCGUUUGUAGUUAAUACACAAAAUGAAUGAGUACUAGUAUACACCUGUAGGUGUCUUUUCAUAUAUUAAACUCAGUGUACAUGCAGCACAAUGAACUGUAGGAUAUUUUCCUGUUAUCUUCUGAUGCAGGAAAUGUACUGAUAUAACUUAAUUACUACAAACAAUAGGAAUGUUCUUCAUUCAGAUGCUAUACGUCCCAAGUCAUCAGAAUCGAUCUCCCAAAUAUCUUGGUUGUGACCGUCAGACUUACACUGCAAGGCAGAAAAUAUGCUGAAAUACCAUAUAAAAAGGGAACGAGGUGUGUGUGUUUGCCCUAAAAUUACAAUCAUCUGCAUAUGCUAUCAAUGAGCACAAAACAGAUGCAGAAAAAAAGAGAUGAAAGCAAGGGUUCAAGGCAGAUGUGCAUUUUGCAGGCAGGGUUUCUUAUGUUGAGAAAUGAGCUCUGUCUGGUCAACAGCCAGGUGGAGAUGGAGGAUGGGAGACUAGAGGUUCUGGAAACACUCCUGUCCUCUCUGUCGUCUUAAUCAGACUGGCCCUGAACCCCCAUCAUGGUGCUGCGUUAACCCUGUAUGGGAGCAGCACAGUUCAUCUUCCCAUUUUCAUUUGUUCCUCCACUAUUGGCUCUUAGAUAAACUAAAUCUUUGGCUGGAUUUUGUUUUACUCCAUUUCUGAAAAUCAUGACAUUGUUUUGUAAUAUCACAUAAACACCGCUGGGGCCAGACACCAAUAUGUCUCUUGUGACAGUGUACAUGUGUAGAUACUGAACCACCAUUGUCCUUUUGAAACAGGAGGCAGAAGAAGAAGGGAAGCUUGGCUGGUGCUAGUGCUAGUGCUAGCUCUUCUCACAGCUAGCUAUACUGCCAAGCAUAUCUGCAAGGUUUCACAGAUCUUUGAGCAGCCAGUUCGUUAAUACUGCCCAUUGUUUUGAUCUUAAAUGUUUUUUUCUUUUCCUUCUUUUUCCUUUUCUUACUUCUGCUACUUUUACCUGUACCGGAUUUUCGGUUAGAUUCCCAAAUGUUCAUUGUAUUUGAAAGCGUUGUGUGUGGCUGAUUGUCCUGCCUGUGGAUACCCAUUGAGUGUUUUUAGUCUUUGUUUAAUGGCCAAAAUCAGUCAGUCAGUCAGCCAGCCAGCCAGCCAUUUAAAGCACAGUCUGAUUGCUCAUUCAGUUAAAAAGCCAAGAUCACUUAAGAUUGUCAAUCAUUGAGCCCUUCAUUAGUGAAGGAGGACUACUUUAUGGAGAAAAGAUCAGUGUAGUGAUUUUUAAUUGACCAUUUGAUUGCUAGUUGAAGUCAGUGUGGGUGCUGCAGACUCUGGGACUCACCUAAGGAAUGGGCGUUUUGAGGAACACAGUGAGAAUAUGGAUAUAAAAGUGAUAGGGAAGUCUUAGCAGCCCAUGGUUUUGUAUGUUGCAUUUCAUCACUGGUAAUGAUGAAGGCACUAAUGAAAAACUCUCGGACAGCCUUAGGGUAUGUAGUAAAUCCACCCCCACAGCUCAGAGGAGAUGGGAUGGGCUGGAAAGAGCUCAUGGAUGUGAUCAGAGGUAAAGAGGAAGGGAAAGACGAUGACUGGAUCACCCUCUUAACUGUGUGUGUGUGCUUGUGUGUCUGUGUGCGAGUGAGUACAUUUUGUUUAAAAAGACAAUUCAAUUUUUUAAAUACUGCUGGAGAUGUACCUGCCAGAGAGAUUACUAUGAUAUGAAAAAAGAAAAUAAGCCUUGUUCGCUUGUUACAUUAUGGAGAAAACUGCCAAGAAGUACUGCUGAUUGAGGCCUAUUUUAUUCAGUGCUGGUGUGUUGUUGUGCUUCUUGUAAAUAAAUGUCUUUUCAAUCAUCUCUUUUUCCUCUUGGGGGCGGGGCAUCAAGGCAAGGGGUUGGUCUUACUCAUGAGAGGGAAAAGAAUAGAGUAUUUUGUUAUUGUCCAAUCAGAGGGUGAGACCGUAUGUGUAUAUAUCUAUAUUGUAUAUAUGUGAUGAAAAUGUGUUGGCUUUUUGUGACACUACCUUUUACCUGUACUAUGGUUCUACAUUCAGUGUUUCAAUGUUGAUAAUAUAUAUGUUAUGUUUUUCAGUUUUUGAUUUUGUCUUUGUCAUUUCUUGUAUUUGUUUUCUUUUUCUCCUUUUUGUCCUCUUGGUUAUUGCACGGUUUAUUACUUUUGCUGUCCAAUGAGGUGAUACAGCUACUCUUUGUAUUGGUUUAGUGCUGUAAAAUAACUUGUUAUUAGAGUUGUCGAUACCACCCCCAUCCCCAAUAUGCAUGAAUGGCACUUAAACAAAUAAAAUGUUAACUUCACUGUGGAA